UAGACCGGGGUAAAGUAAAGUUUGCCCAAAAAUAUUUACGGAAUGAUUCUCUGAAACCUUGAUUGUGGUGUCACAUACCUUCCAAAACCCAAUCUUCUUCUUCGUCUUCCCUAGCUAGCUUCCUUUCAAAACCCAGCCUCUGAAGAUUCAUUACUCCCCAAAAAUAAAGAGAGGACUAAGAAAAAGAGGUUCUUUGGAGAUCAACACAGACUAACACUUGUUUAUUAAUCAUGGCGAGGAAGAUGCUGAUUGAUGGGGAGCUGAGCAAGCCCAAUGAAGAGGAGGCGCACUAUGACUUUGAUUUGUUUGUGAUUGGAGCUGGAAGUGGUGGUGUUCGUGCAUCUAGAUUUGCAGCUCAGCUGUAUGGAGCUAAGGUUGGGAUUUGCGAGCUUCCAUUUCAUCCAAUCAGCUCAGAAGUUAUUGGAGGAGUUGGAGGAACGUGCGUCAUUCGUGGUUGUGUUCCUAAGAAGAUUUUGGUUUAUGGAUCAGCUUUUGGGCCAGAAAUUGAGGAUGCCAGAAAUUAUGGGUGGGAAUUGAAUGAGAAAGUUGAUUUCAAUUGGAAAAAGCUUUUGCGUAAGAAGACAGAAGAAAUAAUCAGAUUAAAUGGAAUCUACAAGCGGUUACUUUCAAAUGCUGGGGUUAAAUUAUAUGAAGGAGAGGGAAAGAUAGUUGGUCCAAAUGAAGUUGAGGUGACGCAACUAGAUGGUACUAAAAUAUGCUAUUCAGCUAAACACAUACUCAUUGCAACUGGCAGCAGGGCUCAUCGACCAGCUAUUCCAGGGCAGGAGUUAGCUAUAACCUCUGAUGAAGCAUUGAGCUUGGAAGAGUUACCUAAGCGUGCUGUCAUACUUGGGGGAGGGUACAUUGCUGUUGAAUUUGCUUCAAUAUGGAAGGGUAUGGGUUCUACAGUGGAUCUAUGUUUCAGAAGGGAACUUCCAUUAAGAGGUUUUGAUGAUGAAAUGAGAGCAGUAGUUGCAAGAAAUCUGGAAGGCAGGCAAAUUAAUUUGCAUCCCAGGACAAAUCUGACAGAGUUGGUUAAAACAGAAGAGGGGAUAAAAGUUCUCACAGACCAUGGCGAAGAAAUAAUGGCUGAUGUUGUACUCUUUGCAACUGGUCGGCUUCCUAACACAAAGAGGUUGAAUUUGGAAGCUGUAGGUGUUGAGCUUGACGAGAUGGGAGCCGUAAAGGUGGAUGAGUUCUCUCGCACAAACGUUCCUAGCAUAUGGGCUGUUGGUGAUGUCACAAAUAGAUUGAAUCUUACUCCCGUGGCCUUAAUGGAAGGCACCUGCUUUUCAAAAACUGUUUUUGGUGGGCAGCCUACCAAACCUGACUACAGCAAUGUACCUUGUGCCGUAUUCUGCAUUCCACCUCUUUGUGUUGUUGGAUUAAGUGAAGAAGAGGCUAUUGAGCAAGCAAAGGGUGAUAUUUCGAUUUUUACAUCGACAUUCAAUCCUAUGAAGAACACCGUCUCAGGACGGCAAGAGAAGACAGUUAUGAAGCUGCUUGUUGAUUCUGAGACGGAUAAAGUUAUUGGAGCAUCCAUGUGUGGGCCAGAUGCACCAGAGAUUAUGCAGGGCAUUGCAGUUGCACUCAAGUGUGGAGCGACCAAGGCCCAAUUUGAUAGCACGGUGGGAAUACACCCUUCUGCUGCAGAGGAAUUUGUCACUAUGCGCACAGCAACGAGGCGUAUUGCUAAACCAAAGACAAAUCUUUAAAUAUGAAUUGCAUAUAGAAAAAUUCAACCAUUAGUUGGAAGAGGCAUUCUUAGACAGGUAAUUUGUUUCAUAUUAAGUUGAAAAUAGGAAAUUGGAGACGAGAAUUUGAGAUGGGUCCCUGUAAUAAAAGAUUUGAUACUGUCAUGAAAAUUGUGUUUGGUUUCAAUUUUUUAAAUUCAGUUUUCUGAAAA